AGAGGAAAACAGGAUGAUGAUGAUGAUGAUGAUGAUGAUACUGAUUUACUUCUACCCCGCUGCUCUUCAGAGCGGCUUCCAAAGCAGAACCAGCUCUCUGUGGAGAAAAACAUCUUUGAGGAAACUCCUGAGGAAAAAAGGGAACAGAAGGGCGAUUCGGCCGCCUUUCAGCCCCAUCUUUCAGCCUGAGAGAAACUGUCAACCGACCUGAGGCCAUUUUUUUCAGGCUGGACUACAUUUUCCAGAGACAUGACUUUUCAGCCGCCUCCUCCCUGACCCUGAGGCGAAAAGCCUACUGCCAGCCUCCCUCCUGAGGCAGGCUUUUCGGACAGGCAGAUUUUCUGAGGACCCUCCUGAGCUACAUUUUUCAGAUCAAAGUACAUUUUUGUUCUGGGGAUAAAUUUUCAGCCACGGCCUGAGGGAUCAUUUUGGCCGCUUUCCUGAGGUGAAUUUGGAGGCCUGAGGUAAAAUUUCUGCCUCCCUCUGGAGGUUAAUUUUUACGGCCUGAAGUAAACAUUUGGCCACUUUCCAAAGGUAAAUUUUUAUGGCCUGAAAUAAAAUUUCAGCUGCUUUCCUGAAGUAAAUGUUGAGACCUGAAGUAAAUUUUGAAACCUGAGGUAAAAUUUCCGCCUCCCUCCUGAGCUAAAUUUUUACGGCCUGAGGUAAAAUUUUGGCUGCUUUCCAGAGGUCAAUGUUUAUGGCCUGAGAUAAAGUUUUGGGCGCUUUCCUGAGGUAAAAUGUCUGCCUCUCUUCUGAGGUAAAUUAGGCCGCUUUCCUGAGAGAAGGUUUGGGCUGCUUUCUGGGUAAAAUUUCCGCCUCCCUUCUGAGGCCAGCUCCGCUCUGUCUUUUCCCAGGUGGGUAGCCAUCCUUUCCCAGCAGGAUCUGCAGGAGGCUCAGCCAACUCUCUGUUUAAGGUCAACUCCUCGCCCAGUAAUCCCUGGUGCCAUAUGCCUCUUUCAUGGACCUCCUUUUUGGGUCCAGGCCAUGGGUGCGAAGGAUGCUGCCAGAAGCUACAUGUCACCUUCCAGGUGUUACCUAAAUUGCAGGGGGUCCCAAGAGGGCACCCACAAAUUGCAUUCAAUGGGGACAUUGAUUUAGCGGAAUAGGAAAUAGCCAGAGGGCUUUGGUAACAUAAAAAUGAAGGAUCCUAAAGGUUUGUGUAUCAGUUCUGAGUCCCAAAGAGCUCCAGAGCCAGGUUCUAAAUGGCUUUACACUGGGUCCUCCACAUUCGCUGGAGUUAAAGUUACAGGGCUCCCAAGAAAAUGGAAAACCCCAAAUAAAAGACCACUAUUUUUUUACCUGAGAGAACACCUCUCUAGGAAUCUCUAGGUCCUCCAGCACAACUCUAUGGUCAACAUCUGCCAGGGAUUGACCAUAGGAUCAUGCUGGAGACCCACAGAUGCCCAGAGAAGUGCUUUCUUUAGUGAUCUCUAGAUCCUGCAGCUCAACUCUAGGGUCAGUUUCCAGCAGAGAAAUGGACUUAAGCCAUCGGCAGAAUUAAAAACAAACACACAAUUAAAGAAAAACAACAACUGAUCAGCUAAAAAGGUUAAAGCAGUCCUUCCAAAUCUCCACCUGUUUAGUUUUAAAUGGCUUUUAAGCUGUUUUUUAAACCCAUCUUAUUUGAACAUGUCCGAUCGCUUGAUGUUUUCAGGUUCUUUAAACCUUUUGAGCUGAUCUUAUUGAAUGCCAGCCUGCAAUCCUUGGAUAUAAAUCCUUGGAAUCGGCUGAGGUUUGGCUCCAGGACCCCCCCCCCCCCCCCCCCCGCCAUGAAGACCAAAAUCCAUGGAUGCUCAAGUCCCAUCAAGUCCCAUGGGGUAUCAUCAUCAUCAUCUUGGUAUCCUCUGGGGUUUGGGUCCAGAUAUACCAACCUCUGGAGGCUCAAGUCCCCUUCAAUGCAAUUUUAAAAAAAUACAAUUAAAAACAUUAAAAAAUGAACAUCAAAGUAUGAAAACACAUGACUCAUGAGAAGAAUAAAAUGCUGUUUUAAAAAUGUAAAUGUAUUUUAAGCGUUUUAAUCUUUUAAAGCACUUGAUUUUAGUAUGGAAUUUGGUUUAAUUAUUGUAGUAAUUUAAUUCUGUUUUAAUGUACUAUUUUUGUAUGUUUUUAACUGUACGGUGUCUUUUAAUGUUGUCAGGCGCCCGGAGUCCCAGCCCUGGCAGAAGGGCAGGAUAACAAUAACAAUAAUAAUAAUAAUAGCAAUUAAAAACAAUACAAGUAAAUAGUGUUUUGUGGGUUUUCCAGGCAAUGUGCCCAUGUUCUAGAAGCCCACAAAAAACGAUGGAUGCCGGCCAUGAAAGCCUUUGGCUUCACAAUACGAAUAAAGCAAUACAGAAUUCCCCGCCUGCUCUUUAAAGACUUUCUCUUUUAAAAGCCUGUCGGAAUAAAAAUAUCUUAGAUUCCCGACGGAAGGACAAGCAGCAGAGAUAUAUUACAACAAGUACCUGAAGUAGUUAAGUCAGUUCCUUUAUGUGUCCCGGGUUGUGUUUGUGGCAGCACAGCCGGAAAGAUGUGCACGCGCUGGAACUACAGUAAGGCCUCUCUCCAGGCUCCUCCGCUGGACUACUCCUUCCGGGGCAUCAACUUCAUGCAAGAUCUGCUGUCGGAAGAGCCUCGCCCGGGCCUCAAACCCAUCAAGGUGUCAGAAGAAGGCCGGCUCCUGACCCAGGCCAUCUGGCUCAACAACAACACCCUCAAUGACCUGACAGACUUCCAAGACAUCAUGAGCAAGCUGCUGGAAUAUCCUGAAGACAUCUAUUGGAUUGACCUCUCCUUCAACGACCUGCCCAUCAUUGAUCCGGUGCUGACCACCUACUACAACCUCCGAAACCUCACGCUCCACGGGAACAGCAUCCAGCAUCUGUCGGAGGUGGACAAACUGGCCGUCCUGCCCCACUUGCGGAGCCUGACUCUGCACGGCAACCCCAUAGAAGAAGAGAAGGGGUACAGGAGCUACGUCAUCUCCACCUUGCCCAACUUGAAGUCCUUCGACUUCAGCGGCGUCACAAAGCUUGACCGCUCGACAGCCAACGUCUGGAGGCGCAUGAACAUCAAGCCCAAGGUGGUCCGAAAGAAACGGGACAACUACUGACUGCCACGUUGCUUUGUUCCACUCUGCCUGGGGUUGGCGGGAACAGCAGCAGGGCUGCUGGCUUGGGAGGAAGAGUAGAAGUCUGCACCCCAUUUAGCAAUAAAGCCAUAGAGCAGCUUUGCCUGGCAGGUGAUGGAUGAUGACCGGAGGAAGGGUGCCACGAGGGAGAGGGAGCCAUGCUCUCGGAUGUGUCCCUGCACAGAGCACUACUGGGCCUAAAUCAGGUUGGGAAUCAUUUAGCCUUCCAGGAGGUAUAGGACUGCCAACUUACACAUUGGCCAUGCUGGCUGGAGGUAAUGGGAGUUGUAGUAAGGCCACCUCUGGGGUGAUGCAUGAGUCUCACUCCUGCUUUAACUGGAGUCUCAGAUCCACUUCCAAUGCCACCUUAUUACCAUACUCACAGGUUUUGCAUUUCUAUGGCUGUUCAUACUGUCAUAAAGGUCCUUCCAGUUUGCUCCAUGCACCUGAGGAAGGAGACUUGAGUCUAUGAAAGCUCAUGGCUAAAAGUGCUGCAAGAUCCCUUUGCGUACUGAUAUUCCUGAGUAACAUGGCAACGUCUCUGAAGGACGUUGUCCGCUUGAGGAGUUGAGCUGGUGGUGGCGCAACAUGGCCAAUUGGUGAAUUAUGAUCUUUCUCAACCAAAUGCACAAUGUUUAUAAUGUGUUCUGCUACAGCUGAUUUUUCUGGGUGACCCAAUCUUCAGCGUCUCCCAUGGUCCUUGAUUUAUGUUUGAACGUUGCGCUUGGUGAUCCCUAUGGAGACUUGUCCACACCUGCACCGUAUGCGCUCAACUCCUGCGGCCGCAAGUGGGUCUCGCCUGUCCUUUGCCGAGUGAAGCAUUUGCUGGGUUUUCUUGGUCAGUUUGUAGAUCAUCUGGAGAUCAUGUUUCCUCAUCAAUUUCCUAUUCUGUCUGUAACCUCUUUGAUGUAUAGUAAAAAAAAAUACCUUUCCUUUGAACAGAUUAAAAAGCUGGGCCAAAACUAA